AUGACUCCCAAACCUCCAUUUGACCCUGAACUAGAAGCCCUCAUGGCCAAGAUGCCAUCCAACCCUGACAUGCGGCCGGACAUUCUCCCUAUAAUGAGAACUGGACUAGAGCAAGUGUUCACUGCAGACGCAGUAAUCUCGGGAAAGCCGAUCGAGCACGAAGAAGUCCAGAUCCAAGUCUCCGGGGGCGAGAUCACACUCUCUAUCUUCCGACCCACCAGCCGUUCAGAUUCGCAAAAGCUGGGUCCAGGCAUCUACUUCAUUCACGGCGGAGGCUUGGUGGUGGGAAACCAAUUUCUGGGAAUGUCAGUUGUGGCCGAAUGGAUUGAAAAGUUCGAAGCCACCUGUGUCUCGGUGGAAUAUCGACUGGCGCCCGAGCACCCAUAUCCGAUUCCCCUAGAAGAUUGCUACGCGGGCUUGAGAUGGGUGGGAGACCACUUCUCUGAGUUGGGUAUCGAUGAAUCCCGACUCAUGCUAGCGGGACAGUCUGCUGGCGGAGGACUUGCAGCGGCGGUUGCCAUUCAUGCUCGAAAUCAGGGUGGCCCGCAAAUAUGUGCACAGGUGCUAAUGUGUCCAAUGCUUGACCAUCGGAAUAUUACUGUUUCUUCCCAACAGUUUCUCACGGAGGGGACGUGGCGUGGGAAGAACAAUCAAGUGGCUUGGGCUUGUUAUCUUGGGGAACACGGAAAAGCUGAGGGAGAGCAGGUGGACAUUUUGGCUUCCCCUGCACUUGCUACUGCGGCAGAUCUCUCAAAUCUUCCGACUACGUUCAUUGAUGUCGGGACAGCGGAGACUUUCCGCGAUGAAGAUAUUGCAUAUGCUAAUCGUCUUCUCGAGGCAGGUGUUCAGGUGGAACUACAUGCCUGGCCUGGUGGCAUUCACGGGUUCGAUCUUCUGCUGCCAACCUGCAAACUAUCGCAAAAGGCCAUUCAGACCAGGACGGCCUGGGUUGAGAGAAUUCUAUCGAAUUAG